AUGGGAAGUCCCUUUGCAAAGCUGGGAUAUGUUUACUUUCUAUACUUGCCAUCGACUAUUGGCACAUAUUUGGGGCCUUCAUUGAUGCUUACCAUCGCCCUGGACCGACUCUUUUGUGUGCUCUUUCCCAUGACGUAAGUCUUUUUCCAAAACUGAGGAUUUCGAAGUUAUUUUAUAGUUAUAACGAAGUGAAUCGAACUGCCUAUUUAUUUGUGAUGUUAGCUGGCCCAUUGAUUAACGUUGCGUUGAUCGUAUAUUGGUGCUAUCAAUACACAAUGGAAAACGCGGAUACGUGAGUGAAUAAACUCUGAAUCUAACCUUUCUGUUUAGUGUUGUCGUUUGCAUCUUCUCUCAAAUUCGUAUGAAGACAAACAGCAGUGUUUCGGCUUACUUGCAAUUAAUAAUUUGUAUUUCCACCAUGUUGUGCUAUGCGAUAAUUUGGAGUUUUCUUCUGAAUCGGGAUAGAGGAAGUGUCACGAAAACGGUGAAACCCUUAAGUUUGGUGACGUUCAGUGAAGUCCUUGGCUGGUUUAUUGCCCUAAUUAUGCAAUAUACAAUGGGUAAAACCGGACUUACAGAUCCCGUAUUUGGAUUUGCGCUGUUGAUGAAUGCCGGAUGGAUUGUCAGCUUUGGAGUUACAUCCAAUUACUUUGCAUACUUUGUUUUAAAGUAAGAACUAAUCCGUAUCCGGCAAAGAUAUGAUUUAUUUAGCAAAGAAUACCGCAAUGCUUUCCAAGAACAACUUGCAAUUUUAUCCUGCGGAAAAAUGAAGAAAUUACAACCUCGACGAACACAAGUCUCGAUUAUGUACGGAAACCGAGGUUCUUCAUAUAAUUCGGCAAAAUUUGAACUAAGAAACACUAUGUAAAUCUUCCUUGCGAUAAUCUUAACUUUUUAGACAUCUUUUUUUAACCUCGAUUUAAAGGGCCAGCCAGUACUUUUGAAUCGCGCUUUUUACGCCGUGGAAAAAAAUUUUAAAAAGUUUCUUUUUCUACUGUACUAAUAACGUUAUAGUGAUAUUUUACAUGCUUACCGAUAAUUAAUUUACUGCUUGCAAUUUUGCCGCGUUUCCGCGGCAGGGCAAAGAGAAAGUUUUUUGUAAUUUCGUUUGCCAUGCCGUAAAAAGCGCGAAUCAAACGUAUCUGUACUGGCAGUUUGAACAUGUACAAAAAUUCCAAAUUAAUAAAUGUAUUUAUGAUCAAUUCAUAUGUUGUCGAGCAAAAAAACUGGAACCAUAACUGCUUUCCAGAGAUAUUUGACAUGUCUCAAGGUAAUGUCACUAUCCAAAUAUUUUAUCUGUAAUCCAUGUUGAGCACAGUUACACAAAGAAGAAAAAAAUUGACAGUUUUUUGGCAGCUACUGUAUAACAAUAGUAAAAAAUUAAAAUUGUACCUCUAGACAGAAUUUUGCGCUUAGGAAAUACAACAUUCGUGACCGAACGCGGCGGGGCCCGCGGGGAUCUACGGGGCAGCCCGUACGUGUCAGCCCUUAAGGGGAAAGUACCUACGGGGAAGAUAAAACCGUGGCAAGGCAAGAACUGUCUCUUCAGAAGUGCUUUUAUGGAUCGAUCCGGGGAUUUUUUCGACUAUUUUUGGAUCAAGUUUUAUGGAAUGGAAGAAGGAAUUCCACGAAUGUUAAAGCAUCAAAGACUAACGUGUGUAUUUUGACAUGUGUAACUGUAUUAUUGAUUUAUUAAUAAAAUUUUCUGGGCGUACACUUUAACCUUCAGGAGUAAAUAAAAGUAACUUCUUGGUCAUUCAAAACAUUACAAAACUUUAAAAAGCAGCUGCUUCUUGCCGUAACGUAGUUAAAACAUAACCAGCCCAGAGUAUAUACAUCAUAAGGUCGUUAAAAUGAAAUAGUCUGCCAUCUCAUGAGUUCAGCCGAACCUUUCGAGAUUUACAACAGGGCUGCAUACCCCGGUGCCUUUCUGACUGUUGCUUUGUCAGCCAUAGGCGUCUUCGGUAAUUGCAACAUUAUUGUCGCCACGUUUAGAAAGAGGUGGGGCAAUAGCAAUUUUAACGACGUGAUUUUUAGUGAAUUGCGAUCUACUUGUAAUAUUUUUAUUGCAAUAAAUGCUAGUGCUGACAUCCUCCAUCAAAGCGGACAGUUAAUUUUUGGAUAUUUUUAUGUUUCAAGGAAAGCUUUUGAUACAAUCGAAAACGUGUUUUACAUGUAUAUCCCUGCUUUACUUGGCGCAAAUCUCGGAACACCAGUGAUGCUAGCGGUAGCAAUCGAUCGGCUUUUCUGCAUUGUUUUUUCGACAAGGUAGGUUGAAACAAAAUGUGUCCGCUUCACGGGUGAUAUCAUAAUAUAUGUAUAUAUAAUAUUAAAUACGCAUUCUAGAUACGAAUUAAGGAAUACUAAGUUGUACUUCCUCAUCAUGAUUGCCUCUCCCCUUGUUUACACCGUUGCUGUUUUACAUAUAUGUUACACUGGAGUUGUUAAAGAUAAACGCAUGUAAGUGCCAAGGACAAUGAUUUACAAGGUAUUCAAGGGUUGUUGUCCGGCUGUUUGCUCAAACGUACGUUGGACCUGCCGCUGAAAUGUGGUUCUAUUUAAAUGCCACCUUUUGUGUUAGCAUUGUCUUUUGCUACGUAAUCAUUUGGUCCUUUUUGGUCAAAAGGUAUAAAAGUGCGCUUGGAAAGACGAUCAAGCCCCUCAGUAUCAUAGCCUUGAGUGACAUUCUUGGUUGGAGUUUAUCUGUGAUUAUCAAGUCCAUUUAUGACAAUCGGUCCAAUCCCAGUUAUUCUUUUGUGCUACAGAUGAAUUCUGGAUGGUUGAUUCACCUUGGAAUUGCGUCAAAUUAUUUCGUAUAUUACUUGUUAAAGUAAGCGCAAUACGUAUUAUGGUCCGUAUACCUUUAUUUUAGUAAAGAAUACCGACAAGCCUUUUUGGAGCAACUUAAUUAUCUUUCCUGUAAUCACUUUGAUUACUUUAAAUCAACGAUGACAACUUCAAUUAACCAAGGAAAUACCUCAGAAUUGGAUAAAAGAGUGUCGGGAAUCUAA